GUCCCUGUGUGGCAUUUAGGUGGGUUGUGUCCUUAUUUUUCUGUGGAUAGCUGAUGGGUUUGGGACGAAGUUAUAACAGCACGACAUUUACUGCAGGGAUACCUGGGAUACCAGGGACCAGGGUACCCGGAAUACCAGGGAUUCCAGAAUAAAGAAAUGAUGAACGGACUUAUCAAAAGAUUUGUUGAAUAUGAGACUCCGAGAUAUGUCAGAGUUCAUAAUCCUUUACUAGGGAUAGUACUCAGGAGUAGUCAGUUAGGAAUUAUAACGUAUAUAAUAACGUAUGCUCUGCUCUAUGAGAAAGGGUACCAGGAGUGGAGUGGAGUAGAGUCUAGUGUAAUCACUAAGGUUAAAGGUACAGCUAGUUCUACUCAGAUACAACCUAUGCUAUGGGAGCAGGAUUCUUCUCAUCAUCAUCAUCUAUACGUCAGAGUAUGGGACGAAGCUGAUUAUGUGGUUCCCCCGGCAGAGAAUGGAGCAUUCUUUAUCACAACAAACCUAAAUAUUACUCCGAACCAAACCCAGUCUGAGUGUACUGAGGAUCCAAGGAUACCUGGAUCAAGGUGUAAAAUAUCCAACAAUACCUGUAUCAAGGGUUCAUAUCUACUCAAGGGUCAUGGACAUAUGACAGGAGUAUGUAUACCAAGAGAUGGAUUAGGAGCGGUGUAUGAUGGUAUAUGUGAGAUCACAGCCUGGUGUCCUGUUGAAAUAGACAGAUCGCCACAAAAUCCUGCAGUUCUAAAGGAGGCAGAGGAUUUUACAGUUUAUAUAAAAAAUUCCAUAGCUUUCCCACGCUUCGGAGAACAUUUCAAGAGAAAUAAUCUAGUUUUGGGAGAGGAACCAACUAUUUUCCACAGUGAGCUAAACCCAUACGGACAGAUAUUCAGGAUCGGAGACCUCGUAGAGCUGGCCGGCGGCAACUUUACCAACAUGGCGGUCAAGGGCGGUGUCAUCAGUAUCACAAUUCUGUGGGAGUGUGAUUUAGACUGGGAUUUUCUAAACUACUGUCUUCCAAGAUACAGAUUCUCUGUUCUUGAAGAAACAGGUUGGAACUUCCGCCACGCUUACGUUCAUGAAUAUCAUCGGAGAACUUUAAUAAAAGCUUACGGACUUAAGUUUCUUGUCCAGGUUGAAGGACAUGGUGGUAAAUUUAGUUUCCGGAAUACAAUUCUAAAUAUCGGAAGUGGAUUGGCUCUUCUUGGUAUUACCACAUUUCUCUGCGAGUUUGUUCUCAUGCACUUUAUAAAGGAGAAGAAGACAGUAGCUCAGAAGAAAUACGAUACGGUUGAACCAAAAACCCAGAUGAUGAGAACUUUUUUGAGUCAGAAAAAAUAUAAACCUGAGAUUGGGACAGAAUCAGGAUCAGAGACCUUGAUCAUAGGACACGAGAAUAAAAUGGGAUGUGAAAACAUUAUGGGACUCCAGAAUAAAAUGAAACACGAAAGUAAAAGGGGACAUGAGAAACUUAUGGGACUCGAUAAUGAAAUGAGAGAUGAAAAUAUUUUGGGACUCAAGAAUAUGAUUGGACCAGAGCAGACAGAGGAGUUUUUAAAUGAAAAAUCAAAUAAUGGGACAGAAUUAGAUAAAACUGUGAUGGGACAAGAGGAGAAAAUUGAGGAAGAAGAGGAGAAAAUUGAGGAAGAAGAGGAGAAAAUUGAUGAACAAGAAAAAACUAUUGUAGGACAAUGUGAAAACGUUAUAUCACAAGAGAAUAAUGGGAUGGGACAAAGCAUAUGAUAGGACAAAGGAAGCAUACGACACAACACAAAAAGACCUUGAUACCACAAGAAGACUCUGAUACCACAUUAAGACCCUGAUACCACAAGAAGACCCUAAUACUACAAGAAUACCCUGAUACCACAAGAACACCUUGAUACCACAAGAUGAUCCUGAUACCACAAGAAGACCCUAAUACUACAAGAGUACCCUGAUACCACAAGAACACCUUGAUACCACAAGAAGACCCUGAUACCACAAGAAGACCCUAAUACCGCAAGAAUACCCUGAUACCACAAGAAUACCUUGAUACCUCAAGAAAACCUUGAUACCACAAGAAGACCCUGAUACCACAAAAAGACUCUGAUACCACAAGAAACCCUAAUACCACAAGAAGACCUUGACACCACAAGAAGACUCUGAUACCACAAAAAGACCCUAAUAUUAUUAGAAUAAAACACGCUUAAACCUAGAAAAACGACAAUAUCUUCCACAUAAUUGAUCAGACAAAAUCUGCCAUCUUUGCAUGGUGGGUCCCUUGAAAUUAAGUUUGCAGUACCUUUAAAUGUUUUGUGAUGAAUGAGAAUAAAAUUUAUUGAAUUUCUUACUAAUACUUGUAAAAUGUUAUUUUAAGUAAA